ACCGUUUGUUUUGAUUAAUUUUUGAAAAAUUGUUUGAGAACGUAUUCUUCGCGUAAUCACAAUAAAAAAAAUCUUGACAAUUCAAUGACAACAAGACGACACCUGACAAAAACCGUCGAGAUAUGUUUCCAUAUGUAGUGGCUGAAAGAGGCAGUCACAACACGACGUCCAAAUUUUUAGACGAAGGUCGGACCAGCUCCAACAGCUCGCGUGAAUGUUUAACAUCUUGGAUAAAAGAAGAUAAUAUCAAGACCAAUAGCUCAAAUAAUAAUGAUUCGAAGGUAAACAUGCGAAGAAAUUCGGCGAGACAAACAAACUCGUCAAACACGAGCCAACAACCAUCGAGGAACACUUCGCCGAAUACCUCUCCGUAUAAACCAAAAAAAUUUAACAAAAAAGAAACCAUCAUGACGGAAGAGAAACGAAAAUCGAAACAAUUAAAAGAAAUCGAAUUAAUCGCAAAGAAUCGCGACGAAAGGAGACAAAGACAAGCGGGGGAAAAAGCGAUGAAAGAUGCGAUUAUAAAGGAAGAAAAAUAUAACCCAUAUUGGGAAUUCCAACAAAUGAUUAACGACUACAGAAAAGGAUUAGAAUUUCACCCAUUAAGAGACACCGACCCAGUUAUAGAAAACCAAAUAACAGUGUGUGUCAGAAAACGUCCAAUGAACGAUAAAGAAAAUAACCGAAAAGAAGUCGACGUCAUCAGCAUCCCAAACAAAGACGUUCUCAUAGUUCACGAACCAAAACAAAAAGUCGAUCUCACCAAAUACUUAGAAAACCAACAUUUUCGAUUCGAUUACGUCUUCGAUGAAAAUUGCUCGAAUUAUAUCGUUUAUAAAUUCACCGCAAGACCAUUAGUAAAAACGAUUUUCGAUGGUGGAAUGGCAACGUGUUUCGCUUAUGGUCAAACUGGAUCGGGGAAAACCCAUACGAUGGGGGGCGAUUUUAAAGGAAAACUUCAAAACUUCAACAAUGGGAUUUACGCAUUCGUAGCGCACGAUGUUUUUAAAAUAAUGAAAGCGAAAAAAUUAAAUUGCAUAGUCUCGGCGAGUUUUUUCGAAAUCUAUGGAAAACUCGUUUUUGAUUUGUUAGCGAAAAAAGAACGACUUCGCGUCCUCGAGGAUGGUCGUCAAAUCGUGCAAGUUGUUGGAUUGACUGAAAAAGUGGUGUGUAAAGUUGAGGAUGUUCUCGAUUUGAUACAAAAAGGGAGUCAUGAAAGAACCUCGGGGCAAACUUCCGCUAAUUCGAACUCGUCUAGGAGUCACGCAGUUUUUCAAAUAAUUAUUAGAAAAGGCGAUGAUAAACGGAGAGUUAUUGGGAAAUUUUCUCUUAUCGAUUUAGCUGGAAAUGAAAGAGGUGCGGAUACUUUCACAGCUGAUCGACAAACUAGACUCGAAGGGGGAGAUAUAAAUAAAAGUCUUUUGGCUUUAAAAGAAUGUAUUAGAGCGUUAGGGAAAAAAGGUGCUCAUUGUCCAUUUCGAGGGAGUAAAUUAACUCAAGUUUUGCGAGAUUCUUUUAUUGGGGAGAAUUCACGAACUUGUAUGAUUGCGUUAAUUUCCCCAGGAUUAGCGUCUUGCGAACAUAGUCUUAACACUUUGCGCUACGCAGAUCGAGUUAAGGAAUUGGUCGCUUUCGAUGUUGAAGAUAGCCAUGGUAAUACUCCAAGAGUGAAUCCUCCGAUUGACGAAGAAAUGUUUUCCUCCUCCGCCGAUGAAGAAGAUAUAACCGAUUCGAUUUUGGCCGAAUUAGAAGCUGUUAAUGCUAAUCGAUCCGUAAUUGAGUAUUGCGUCCAUUUCCAUAGCAGAGCUUGCGAAUUAUACAGAGAGUCUCAAAAGCAAGGUUACGAUAAACCGAAAUAUGCCAAAGAUUUGAAGGAACUCGUCAAAGGGAUGAUCGAUCUUACCAAUGGAGUUCUUACUAAAGCUUCAUGUAUGUGUGAUAUUAUUGGAAACAAUUAAGUAGAUGAUAUAGAAAACGAUUUCUAUAAUUGGUUCUUCUUAACCUAACACUUUUUUUUUCUUAUACUUUUUGGUACAUUAUAUAA